CCCCAGGCGGCGCGGCUCGCCUCGCCCCGCCCACAAGGCUCCGCCCCGAGCCGCCCUGCGCCGCCAAGCGGUUCCCGCCCUCGCCCAGCGCCCAGGUAGCUGCGAGGAAACUUUUGCAGCGGCUGGGUAGCGGCUUGUUUCUUGCUCUGCAAGACCACUGCCAGACUUGCUAAGUCCCGGCACCGUUCCAUCUCUUAUUGCCACUCUCUCGUGCUCUCCUCGCUCCCCCGAGAAGCAGGAUGGCCGGGACCGUGCGCACCGCGUGCUUGCUGGUGGCGAUGCUGAUCGGCUUGGACUGCCUGGGACAGGCGCAGCCCCCGCCGCCUCCAGACGCCACCUGUCACCAGGUCCGCUCUUUCUUCCAGAGACUGCAGCCCGGACUCAAAUGGGUCCCGGAAACCCCUGUGCCAGGAUCAGAUUUGCAAGUAUGUCUCCCCAAGGGCCCAACAUGCUGCUCAAGAAAGAUGGAAGAAAAAUACCAACUUACAGCACGGCUGAACAUGGAACAGCUGCUCCAGUCUGCGAGUAUUGAGCUCAAGUUCUUAAUUAUUCAGAAUGCUGCGAUUUUCCAAGAGGCCUUUGAAAUCGUUGUUCGUCAUGCCAAGAACUACACCAACGCCAUGUUCAAGAACAACUACCCCAGCCUGACUCCACAAGCUUUUGAUUUUGUGGGUGAAUUUUUCACUGAUGUGUCUCUCUACAUUUUGGGUUCUGAUAUCAACGUGGAUGAUAUGGUCAAUGAAUUGUUCGACAGCCUCUUUCCAGUCAUCUACACCCAGAUGAUGAACCCAGGGCUGCCUGAGUCAGUAUUGGACAUCAACGAGUGCCUCCGAGGAGCAAGGCGUGACCUGAAAGUAUUCGGCAGUUUCCCCAAGCUUAUUAUGACCCAGGUUUCCAAGUCACUGCAAGUCACCAGAAUCUUCCUUCAAGCCCUGAAUCUUGGCAUUGAAGUCAUCAACACCACCGAUCACCUCAAGUUCAGUAAGGACUGUGGGCGCAUGCUCACCAGAAUGUGGUACUGCUCUUACUGCCAGGGACUGAUGAUGGUGAAGCCUUGUGGCGGUUACUGCAACGUGGUCAUGCAAGGCUGUAUGGCAGGUGUGGUGGAGAUCGACAAGUACUGGAGAGAAUACAUUCUGUCUCUUGAGGAACUCGUGAAUGGCAUGUACAGAAUCUACGACAUGGAGAACGUGCUGCUUGGACUCUUUUCCACGAUCCAUGAUUCCAUCCAGUAUGUGCAGAAGAAUGGAGGCAAGCUGACCACCACUAUCGGCAAGUUGUGUGCCCACUCUCAGCAACGCCAAUAUAGAUCUGCUUAUUACCCUGAAGAUCUGUUCAUUGACAAGAAGGUAUUAAAAGUUGCUCAUGUAGAAUAUGAAGAAACCUUAUCCAGCCGCAGAAGGGAACUGGUCCAGAAGCUGAAGACUUUCAUCAACUUCUACAGUGCUUUGCCUGGCUACGUCUGCAGCCACAGCCCCGUCGCUGAAAAUGAUAGCCUGUGCUGGAACGGAGAAGAGCUUGUGGAGAGAUACAGCCAGAAGGCGGCCAGGAACGGGAUGAAGAAUCAGUUUAACCUCCAUGAGCUGAAACUGAAGGGGCCUGAGCCGGUGGUUAGUCAGAUCAUUGACAAACUGAAGCACAUUAACCAGCUCCUGAGAACCAUGUCUGUGCCCAAGGGUAAAGUUCUGGAUAAAAACCUGGAUGAGGAAGGACUUGAGAGUGGAGACUGUGGCGAUGAUGAGGACGAGUGCAUUGGGAGCUCUGGGGACGGAAUGAUGAAAGUGAAGAACCAACUGCGCUUCCUUGCAG